AUGUCAGAUCUAGAUACAGUCUCUCUCAAUGCACUGUCACUUGGUGCACACAUUACUGGGCGAUUAGAGAAGGAAAGUGACAUCGCACUCUUCCAAGGAAUUCCAUAUGCAACUGUGAACAAGCGCUGGACGCACAGCGAGACCCGCCACUCACUCGACAAAGACUUCGAUGCAACAAAACAUGGAUAUCGCUGUUCUCAGCCCAAUCGCACCGUCCUAGUCACUGGCGGAACACCCGACCCCUCCCCCGGCGAUGACGAAUUUAGAUGUCUCAAUUUGAAUAUUGCAGUUCCAACGACAGCGUUGAACAAUACAACCUCUAAGCCACUUCCUGUCCUGGUCUGGAUUCAUGGGGGUGGAUUUGCCUUUGGUGCCAAUUCUGUCGCGAGGUAUCGCCCACAGGCACUACUUAACCACGCUCGCGAGAAUGGAACGCCUGUUAUUUUGGUUUCGAUCAACUACCGACUCGGUCACAUUGGAUUUGCGGCUUCGCAGGAUCUAGAUGAUGAAUUGGAUGGUGGUUCGAGAUCUCACCCUGUAGGUAGCUUCGGGCUCAUCGAUCAGCGGAACGGCUUGGAAUGGGUUAAUAAGCACAUUGCUGACUUUGGCGGUGAUCCAUCUAAUAUUACUGCAUUUGGAGUCAGUGCUGGGAGCAUGAGUAUUCAUCUGCAUUUGGUGGCUGGUCACAAUUUGUUCGAUCGGGCCAUCUUGAUGUCUGGUUCUGGACCCAUUUUAAGCCCAUUGCAGAAGGAUCUGUUCCAGAGAGAAUGGGAUCGACUAUGUCAGAGAACUGGUGUCCAGGCAUCUACUUCCUCAGAUAGACUAGCCCAGCUCCGUGCACUCAGUGUGCAGGAUAUCUUAAAUAACACCGGUUCAGCAGCCAUGGGUCCCGUCGCGGAUGGCAAGCUUCUAUCCCUAGGCUGGAAGUACGAAGACAGCGUCACCGACACAAGAUGCAAAGAGAUUAUCCUUGGCGAUACGUCAGUCGAAGGAAUAAUCUUCGACGGCCGCUUGAAAAAGCUACCGCAAGCUCUCUUCCACAAACGUAUCGACGAGGCAUUUUCACCACAGGUAGCUGGAGAGCUCUACGCCCGAUUUGGAUUCACUCGUGAACCACAAUCAGAAGAAGACUUUCGUAAAGCAUUCAGACUGUUCAUCGGGAACACUUUGUUCAAUUACCACAACGUCGGUAUUGCCAAUGCCUCUAUCAAUUCUGACGUCUGGAGAGAUCACGUCUAUUUAUACCACUGGGAUGAGCCAUCUCCAUUCCCAGGCCCAGCUCAGGGCCUAUCCUAUCACGGUCUGUGUGCUAUUUUGAUGCACCUGAACGAGCUUUCAAAUUGUCCCCCUGAAACGCAGAAGGUCGCUUUGGAGUCUGCGAAGAUUUGGGCGGCUUUUGCACAUGGGAAGCAGCCCUGGGAGCCAUAUUCCCAAUCUCGGAAAUUUAUGCGCUUUGGUCCAUUGGGUGAAUCUAGUUUACAGAGCUUUGCUAGUGAUACUGCUAGGGACUAUGGAUUCCAGGAUUGGCUCGGGGCUCAUAUUUAUGAGGUUGGGCCAUUUGUGAGGAAUCUUAUUGUCAACCUUGAGAUAGAUGAUUAG